GUGGUCACCUCUUUUAGAGUAGCUUUCUUAAAUAUUCCAGCAGAGAAGGAAAGAAUAUUAUCUCCAUCAGAAGGAAAAAAACCCUUCUCAUAUUUCUCAUAUUAGAAGAAGAAGAAGAAGAAGAAGAAGAAGAGAGAUGUCUAAGGGUAUGGGGAAUUUCUUACGGAAGUUGGGAAGUGGAAAAAGCAAAAGCAGUCCAAGUUUUAAAGACAGAACAACAUCGUCUGUAUCUAAUGAACCGUCACCGUCGGUUCCUGCAAUAUCCGUCCCCGACAAGAUCAAAGUCGCUAAGAAGAAGUACGAACUCAUCCCUGAUCGCUUCUCUUCCCUGGACCAGGUAUCAAAAGCUCUAAGAGAAGCUGGUCUUGAAUCAUCCAACCUAAUUCUCGGAAUUGAUUUCACAAAGAGCAACGAAUGGACUGGGAAAACUUCUUUCGAUGGAAAAUGUCUGCACGCGCUCGGGGAAACUAAGAAUCCAUAUGAAAAAGCAAUCUUUGUAAUUGGCCAAACGUUGGCUCCUUUCGACGAAGACAAUCUCAUCCCCUGUUUCGGCUUUGGCGAUUCAACGACCCAUGAUGAGGAAGUGUUCGGUUUUCACAGCGACAACUCUCCAUGUACAAGCUUUGAAGAUGUCUUAUCAUGCUACAGGAGAAUCGCACCCAACUUGCGUUUAUCUGGUCUUUCCUCUUUUUUUGUUAAUUUUAAUACCUCUUUAGUAAAAUCUUUACUACCUUCAUUACACCAAAAUCACAAGCUUCUAUACAAAUUUUCUUCAAAAGGGCCAACGUCAUAUGGACCUCUCAUCGAUGCUGCGGUCGACAUUGUCGAGAGGAGCAACGGACAAUUUCAUGUUCUUGUGAUUGUCGCUGAUGGGCAGGUAACGAGAGGUUUGGAUAUGCCCGAGGGAGAACUCAGUCAACAAGAGAAAACAACUAUCGACGCGAUUGUAAACGCCAGCUCGUAUGCUUUGUCGAUUGUUUUAGUCGGUGUUGGAGACGGGCCUUGGGAAGACAUGAGGAAGUUUGAUGACAAGAUCCCUAAGCGUGAAUUCGACAACUUUCAGUUUGUGAAUUUUACAGAGAUUAUGAAGAGAGAUUCACCAGAGCCUGCCAAAGAAACUGCCUUUGCUCUUGCUGCUCUGAUGGAGAUUCCUUUUCAGUAUCAAGCAGCCAUCGAACUCGGCUUACUCGGGAAAUCGACGGGCUUAGCUAAGAGAAUAAUUCCGAGGCCACCACCUAUUCCGUACACGCCUUCAAUUCGUACUGAACUAGCAUCAGACGAACAAGCACAGAGUUGCCCAAUAUGUCUGACUAACCGCAAAGACGUGGCUUUCGGCUGUGGUCACAUGACUUGUGGAGAUUGCGGAUCCAGGAUAUCAAAUUGCCCCAUCUGCAGAGUACUGAUCACAAGCCGGCUACGGCUUUACACAUGAUCGAAACUCUUGUCCGCACAAAACAAAAACACUUGCACAUACUCUCCAUUUUAGAAUCUACAUUUUGGUUUACCAAGUGUCUCUGACAUGUGUUCCAGAAUCAGCUUGUGUCACUUAAUUUCGUAUGUACAAUAAAUGUUAACUUGCAAACAAGAAUGAAGAAGCAGUGUACAAAAGCAUGGGUUUUACAUUUUUAUUCACUGUCACAAAAUGUUUGAAGUGA